AUGUUAUUUUCAGAAAUAUUUGAUAAUUUUUUUGUUUCUCUAGGUAUGACUAAUUCGACUGCCUGUCCAAUUAAUCCAUGUUUCAACGGUGGAUCGUGUCAAACAGUAUCAGGUGGUGGUUUUCGAUGUACAUUCGCUAGAGCUAUUUCUGCUGCUUGUCUAAAUAAUCCAUGUUUGAAUGGUGCAGCCUGUCAAAAUGUACCGGGUGGUGGUUUUCGAUGUAUUUGUCGUGCUGGUGGAUCUACUCCUAACGUUUGUGUGAAUAAUCCAUGUUUGAAUGGUGCGACUUGUCAAAAUGUACCUGGUGGUGGUUUUCGAUGUAGUUGUCGUGCAGGCUUCACCGGAAACUAUUGUGAAUUAUCCACUGGUAUAUCUGGUGGGUCUACCUCUACGGCUUGUGUUAAUAAUGCAUGUGCUAAUGGUGCAUCGUGUCAAAAUCUACCGGGUGGUGGUUUUCGAUGUAUAUGUCGUGCAGGGUUCACGGGAGUGUUUUGUACGUUUCCAAUAACAGGUUGA